AUGCACACGCGCCAUGAAAAAGACCCCUCCAACGUAACCAACCCCACGGACUGGACCAACGACCAAACCAACCCGCGCAACUGGACUCUCCUCCGCAAAACCACAUCAACUCUAAUAAUCUGCGCAAUCGGCUUCACAACAACCCUCGCCGCCUCAAUUUACUCCCCAGGACACACUCAAGUCCAACAUGAAUUUAAAACCUCAACCACCGUAUCCCUCCUUCCCCUCUCAGCAUACUCCUUAGGACUCGCCUUCGGCCCUAUGAUCUCAUCCCCAUGUUCCGAGACAUUUGGCCGCAAAUUCGUCUACCUGCUCACUCUCCCCUUAUUCGACAUCUUCAUGAUGGGAUCCGGCCUCUCGCGCAGCAUCGCAUCUCUAAUUAUCUGCCGCUUUUUCGCCGGGCUUUUCGCUGCCCCGGGUGUUUCUGUUGCUGCGGCUACGAUCUCGGACUUCACGGAGCCGAGCCAGCGGGUUGUUCCCCUUGCGAUGUACUAUUCCAUCCCGUUUGUUGGGAGUGCGAUUGGGCCCUUUAUUGGUGGAUUCGUUGUUGAGGAGAAGGGGUGGAGGUGGACGGCUUGGGUUGUACUGAUGAUGGCGGCGGUGUUUCAUCCGUGUGCUUUGUUUUUGAAGGAGUCGUAUAAGACAAUAAUACUUCAGCGGAGAGCGAGGAAAGCGGGUGUGAAAACGGAGACGAGUUCUGCGGCGCACAAGUUACGGAUGUUGGUUACUUCGACGGUUGUCAGGCCUUUGCACAUGCUCUUGACGGAGCCUUUGGUUGGUUUCCUGUGUCUAUACACGGGCUUCCAGUUUGCUCUGCUCUACACGUUCGUCGUGGCGAGUCCGUGGGUGUUCAAGACGGUCUAUGGCUUCUCGCUCGGUGCGCAGGGUCUGUCGUUCCUCGGCCUUGUGGUGGGUUGCAUGGUGGCUCCCGUGAUUUUGAUUACGGUGGAUCGGGUUCUACUUCGAUAUAAACCAGAUCAGCGAGAUGGAAUCUACAAUCCGGAGAGAAAGCUAUACACGGCGUUAUACGGAAGCUUGACUCUUCCAAUCGCACUCUUCUGGUUCGGCUGGACUGCCAGGCCUUCGAUUCACUGGAUCAGUCCUAUUAUCGCGCAAGGAACGGCCCUUCUUGGGAGUAUACUCAUCUAUGUGCCAUGUAACUUCUACAUGCUUGAUGUGUAUGGCUCGAGAUAUGGGGCCUCGGCGAGUGGUGCGUCCUCGUUGUCGAGGUACACGAUGUCGGCAGCGUUUCCACUUUUCGUUACUCAAAUGUACGAGGGGUUGGGCGUGGGUUGGGCAACGAGUACUCUGGGAUUGGCAGCAUUGAUUAUGGCGCCUAUUCCUUGGCUGUUUUAUUGGUUUGGUCCGAGGUUGCGCGCGAGGAGUGCGUAUGAACAUGGCACUUGA